AUGAAUAGGCUGGCCAGGGUCUUCCGAGCCAAGGACAGGGAGGGGGAGGCGAAGCUCAUCAAGACGGAGGAGAGCACCCCUGGAGCAGCCCCCAAACCGCGGUAAGUGGGGACCGGCCCAGGGCGGGCGGGGGUGAGUAAAGGCACGUAUUGAGGGGAGGCAGGGAGGGGGAGGCCCCAUGGCAGCAGAUAUGGCAGGGUGCAGGUUGGGCAAAGGGGUUGUGUGGGGAGAGGAGUCGGGGAAGAAUAGGACAAAAAAACUGGCAGGGACCCCAAGAGUUUUCCAUUAAUUUUUGUUUCCAAUUUUUUCGGCCUUUCCAGUUUGAGGCUGUUAAAAUUCUUGCGGCCACUCUAGCAUGUAAAAAUAAUUCCCUUACAUUCUUUGGUAUGUCAGAGCCUAAUAUUCCAAGAAGGAAAACCUCUGGAUUUAUUUAUUUUUUAUAAACGAGAUCUUUAAAACAUUUUUUUAAAGUUCCAUAUAGAUUUCAUCCCAGAACCCCUUAAUUUUUUUUUGCAUGUGCACCACAUGUGAUUUUCCACAUCUCCAACACUUGUUUGAUACAUUUUCAUUCCUUUUUGGUGAUUUUAAUGGAGUCAAGUACCAACGAUACUGCAUUUUCAAAAAAAAUUCUCUGGUGUGUAACAAGCAGUGAAUUUCAUAUUGAUUUCCCAGAGGUUUUCACAAUCUUUCAUUAAGAUAUUAUAUCCAAAGUCCUGUGCCCAUUUUAUCGUAACAGAUUUCACCUCCUCCUGCUUGACUUCCCAAUCAUGGAGGAAUCAGUACAUUUUAGAAAGAGUUUUCGCUUUUGAGUUAAUCAGGUCAUGCUCUAGUCUAUAAUAAUAAUAAUUUAUUAUUUGUACCCUCCCCAUCUGGCUGGGUUUCCCCAGCCACUCUGGGCGGCUUCCAGCAAAGAUGAAAAAUACUUUAAAAUGUCAAGCAUUAAAAACUUCCCUAAACAGGGCUGCCUUCAGAUGUUUUCUAAAUGUCAGGUAGUUGUUUUCCUCUUUGACAUCUGGUGGGAGGGCGUUCCACAGGGCGGGUGCCACCACCGAGAAGGCCCUCUGCCUGGUUCCCUGUAGCUUUGCUUCUUGCAGUGAGGGAACUGCCAGAAGGCCCUCGGAGCUGGACCUCAGUGUCCGGGCAGAAUGAUGGGGGUGGAGACGCUCCUUCAGGUCUACUGGCCACCCAUCUUCAGUCUAGAUGGCCACCCCUCUUAACCUCUGGUGAAGGUUCACCACCUUCUGAAGGAUCAUUGGUUCAGGUCCUGCUAUCUGGACCUGCAGAAAACAAACUUGUUCACUCUUCCAAGUGGCAGCCCUGGAGAGAUGUGAAGAUGGCUCCCACAUCUCCUCUGAGUCUCCUCUUUUUCCAGGCUAAACAAACCCAACUCCCUCGACCAUUCCUCACAAAGAAGGCUUGGUUUCCAGACCCUGGAUCAUCUUGGUCUCCCUCCUCUGCCCCUGUUCCAGCUUGUCCACAUCCGUCUUCAAUGGGGAUGCCCUGAACUGCCACUGGGCAGAGGCCCCAACUGCUGUGUGUGUGUGAUCUGCAGCCCCUCUCUUCCUGUGCCCCCCCCCCCCAGUCUUGGAGACACGCCUUAAACCAGGCUUUGUCCUCCUGGUGCCUUCCAGGUUCUCCCUGUUAACAGAGAAAUCUGAGGGCUCCCUUGGACGAAAAACAAGGACCCCAGCCAGGAAUAGCAGAGCAAAACAGCAGCCAGUCGGCUUGGUCUUGAUUGAAGACUGUUGCGACAGGACUCCCACCUGCCACCAGGUGGAACAAGAUGGAAGCCCCAUACAAAAGAGAACCCAAACUUUUAUUAGCUGCUAAUCCCCAUGUUACACCCCCCCAAACUACAUCACUCAUACAUCAUGGUAAGGGGAGGUCUGGUGGCAGUAAUCUGAGCAUCCUGGACCCUGCCCCAUGGUUCCCCUUGCCCUCCACCAAAUACCCAUGGAGUGUCACAAAAGAGAUCUUUACAUUUCCCUCAUUUCCCAGCCAAGUUAGUCACACCCUUUUGUCUUCAUCUGGGUUUGUUAUUUCUGGAAUGGCUACCUGUCUGGCACUCAGGUAUCAGGAUGCCAGGGAUUAUCCCUCAGGCAGAGGGGCUGCUGAGUAGCUGAGCUCACAGGUCUAGAUGAAUUUCUGAAGUUUCCCCACUGAGCCAGUACAUAGAUACAUUGAUCAGUGAAUUCUUACAUUUGGUAUCGUGCAGCAGAGGCCCUUGGAACAGAUAGGAAGAAACUGUGACGAAGUGUUUUGUGGGGACAAGUCACAAAAGUGAUGGUGCUGAUUUUGGUAGUGGGCUGCAUGUGCAUGAUAUCUGCUGGAGGGGCAACCCCCCCCCAACCUAUACAUAAAUUCCUGAAACAUCCCAUCACGCACCCCCCCCAGACACAGCUGUGUUGCAGGUCCAAACUAGGGAACUCCCUGCCACAGGGAUAGCCUCUGAUUUGGAAGGACUGGACAAAUCCCGCGAAGGUGGAGAGGGCUCCUUCCAAGGGCUCCCGGCCCCAACGGCCGUUCUCUGCCCUCCACCGCCAGAGGCAGGCAGCCGUGCUUCUGAAUCCCAGUUGCUGGAAUAUGCAGGAGCAGAGAGGGCUCUGGAACUCGGAUCCUUCUUGCAGGGGGUUUCCCUCUGGCUGGCCCCCGUGAGAAGAGGAUGCUGGACUUGAUGGGCCCCCCAUGGCCCGAUCCGGCAGGCUCUUCUUAGGCGGUUCUUAGGGGAUGGCGAGGAGGGAGAGACUUCCUUCAAUCCUGCAGCUUUUCAAACAUUAAAGUACAAGGUUCUUUGGAACCUUCAGACCUCCUUCCCUCCCUCCGUAGGUUCCAUGUUUAAGUUUAAGUUUGCCUCAUCUUUUACCAUUAUCCACCUGUUGUGUAUCCCUAAUUGCCAGAGAUAAUUCCACAUUGCAAGUGCCAUUACAUCCCUGCCAGUGAUUUUAACUGUUUACAGUGGUCUUUUAAAUAAGUUACAAAUUUGCUCCGGUCUUUAGAAAAUACCGUAUUUCUCUCUCCAUAAGACGCCCCUGACCAUAAGACGCACCUAGUUUUUAGAGGAGGAAAACAAAAUAUUCUGAACGAAACAGUGGAUGUAUGAUUUUUGUGGUGCAUGCGGUGGCCACAGACAUGUGACCUGGUGGUGAAUUUAGGGUGACCCAAUGUAAAAAUCCUGAGGAUCCAUGUGGACCCGUGCUUUGUAACCAUGUUUUUGCACCAUUGCGGCCCCAGGCAACCGUGGGUGCGUGCUUUUUUGGUGCAGGCUGUAGCCAUGGACAUGCUAUGUGAUCUGAUGGUGAAUUUGGGGUGACCCAAUGUAAAAAUCCUGAGGAUCCAUGGGCUUUUACCUCCCCCCUCCCAGGCAGCCUCCGCUAGCGUCCCUUAUCUCUCUUCCGAUCCCACCGAUCAGCUGUUUCCUUUCAACACUCCCUUCCCUCUUGUUUGCCUUAAGUGUCUUUUCCUUAGCUGGAGCAGUUUUUUGCUCCUCCUUUUCUUCUAAUUCCUCUCCUUAUUGCUUUAAUCUUCCUGUCUCCUCUCCUUGCAAGUUUGCAGUCUUUUCCUCCCCCCUCCCAGGCAGCCUCCUUUAUUGCCAGCGUCCCUUAUCUCUCUCCCCAAUCGGCAAACGAUCAGCGGCUUUGUUUCAACACCCCUUUCCCUCUUUCAAAAAAAAAAAGCACGAUCUGCUUUUCGCCCCUGGGCAAUUCGGCUCCAGGGACCACGCAUUUGCUCCAUAAGACGCACAGACAUUUCCCCUCACUUUUUAGGAAGAAAAAAGUGCGUCUUAUGAAGCGAAAAUACAGUACUUGAUCUUCCUGGUUUCGGCUCUUCCCCGUCACUUUCCCCAUCUCCGCAUACUCCAUCAGUUUCACCUGCCAUUCUCCUUUUGUUGGUACUUCUCCUUCCUUCCAUCUCUGGGCUAGUAGAGCCCUUCUUGCUUCCGUCGUUGCGUACAUAAACAAUCUUUUAUCUUCUCCUGGUAGCCAUUCACCUAUUAUACCUAAGAGAAAGGCUUCUGGUUUUUUAACAAAUGUAUUUUUAAACAUUUUCUUUAGUUCAUUACAUAUCAUUUCCCAGAAGGCCUUUACCAAUGUCCUCCCCACUCCUCUGCUCUGCUCUCAGCCAGGAGAAGAAACGGAUCCUGGACCCAUCGGGGGACUAUUAUUACUGGUGGCUGGUCACGAUGGUGUUCCCCAUCAUGUACAACUGGAUCAUCCUCAUCUGCAGGUGGGCGGAGGGGGGCUGGGCUGGAUCCGCCUGUGGGGAGGGGGCCGGGGGCUCAGGGAAACCAUGGAGGAGGCCCAGCACUGGGGCCAAGGCUCUCCGGCCGGGAGCAUCAUCAGAAUCACGAGGGAAGGAAAGCGACAGAAACCCCUUUUGGAUCCCUCCCUCCCUCCCUCCCUUCCUUCCUUCCUUCCUUCCUUCCUUCCUUCCUUCCUUCCUUCCUUCCCUCCUUCCUUCCUUCCUUCCUUCCUCCUUCCUUCCUUCCUUCCUUCCCUCCUUCCUUCCUUCCUUCCUUCCUUCCCUCCCUCCUUCCUUCCUUCCUUCCCUCCCUCCCUCCUUCCUUCCUUCCCUCCUUCCCUCCUUCCCUCCUUCCUUCCCUCCUUCCUUCCCUCCUUCCUUCCCUCCUUCCUUCCCUCCUUCCUUCCUUCCUUCCUUCCUUCCUUCCCUCCUUCCUUCCUUCCUUCCUUCCUUCCUUCCUUCCCUCCUUCCUUCCCACCUUCCUUCCUUCCUUCUUUCCUUCCUUCCUUCCCUCCUUCCUUCCUUCCUUCCUUCCCUCCUUCCCUCCUUCCUUCCCUUCUUCCUUCCCUCCUUCCCUCCUUCCUUCCUUCCCUCCUUCCUUCCUUCCUUCCUUCCUUCCUUCCUUCCUUCCUUCCCUCCUUCCCUCCUUCCUUCCCUCCUUCCUUCCUUCCCUCCUUCCUUCCUUCCUUCCUUCCUUCCCUCCUUCCUUCCCUCCUUCCUUCCCUCCUUCCUUCCUUCCCUCCCUCCCUCCCUCCUUCCUUCCUUCCUUCCUUCUUUCCCUCCUCCCUCCCUCCCUCCCUUCUUUCCUUUGCUUCUGCAUCUGCCAGUCAUCUCCUUCCACGCAGAGGAGAGCGAGCCCAGGGGAUGACCAAAGAAAGAAAAAUAGUAAACAGCAAGAGGCCUGGGAAGCAGACUCUGACAAUCCAGCCAGGGUUGGGGGCAAAGAUUCAGCAAAAAGACAUUUGGGUGAAGUCAUGGAAACAGAGAAAUGUAGGGCUGGAAGGGACCCCCGAGGGUCAUCGGAUAAUAAAAAUAAUAAUUUUAUAUCCCGUCCAUCUGGCUGGGUUUCCCCAGCCACUCUGGGUGGCUACCUGAAAAAUAUUAACAAUAAUAAAGUGUCAGACAUUAAAAUCUUCCCUGAACUUCCCUGUUCCAACCACUACCCCCCCUUCUGUACUCCAAGGCCCCCAAUUCAGGAAUCCCAGCUAAAGAAUUAUUGACAGGUGACCAUCAAACCUCCAUUGAAGGAGAGCUCAGCAUCUUCGAAGGUCUUCUGUGCUGCUGUCAAAGGGCUCUUGCUGCCUGGAAGUUCCUCCUAAAGUUUGUUUGCAAUUUCCUUCCUUGCUUUUUGAAUCCAGGAGUUCAGGACCUGGCAAAACAAGAAAGCAGUUCUGGGGGGGGGGGGUGUCCUUUUAGGAAGGGAGGGAGUUUCAGAGCAAACUGCCCCCCCAUUUACAUUUUAGGGAUAUUCCUGGGGGGAAGGGGAGAGCUGAGUGGGGGGCUGCGGGGGGUGGGGGUGGAGCAAGGAACAAGGAGAGAGCUUGGAGGGAGCUGCCUGGCCUUUGGGGCAGCUGCUGCUGCAGUGGGUGGGUUGUGGGUUCGGAUGCUGCCACGCAUCUCUCUCUCCUUCCCUCCUGCGCAGGUCCUGCUUCCCUGAGCUUCAGCGCAAAUACCUCUUCCUCUGGCUGGCCCUGGACUACCUCUGCGACCUGCUGUACCUGCUGGACAUCGGGGUCCACUUCUACACGGGUUAGUGGCCUUUCCGCCUCGGGGCCUGUCUCCUCGCCCCUCCUUGUGGCCCCCUCUCACCCCACCUGGCGAAUGCUUCUUCCCCUUCAUCCAAUGAAGCUAAACUUUGAGAGAUUCAACAGAGAGAAGAAAGUCUUUGGUCCCGUGACGCGUAGUUAGACUAUGGAACUCCCUCUCACAGUACGCAGGGUUGUCCAGCAGCCUAGAUGGCUUUAGAAAAGAUUGGACCAAUUCCGGGAGAAGGAGAAAGAUAUCUUUGUUCUUCCUCCACAGUCAGGGGUAGCAAUGCUUCUGGAUCCCAGUCGCUGGAAACAUCCGGAAGGGAAGAAAGCAAACGUCCAACGGGGGCUUCUGAUUGGAGCUUCCAGCAGCCAAUCAGAAUCCGUGCUUUGGUUUCUGAAUGUUUUGGAAGUCUAACGGACUUCUGGAUUGGAAUCUGUCUGACUUCCAAGGUACGACUGUACAUAUUUAAAAGUUGACUUCCCAAUAAUAAUUGAAAAUUUGUAACAGAGAAAUAUAUAAUGUGGGAGCAAAAACACUAGGAAACUUCUGUCCAUAAGAUCUGUUCAGGGCCAGAUUUAGCUUUGAUGUUGCCCUCAGCUCCUGAAGGUAACGAGGCCCUUUAUAUGUCCAUCUGUCCUUUGUCAACAACAAAUUGUCGCUGUUUUUGUGUUGAAUAUAUGCUAGGUGGUGAUUUAUGGACCUAACUGGUAUCUAAAGCCAUUUGCACAUGUUGCCCUGCAACCCGUCCAUGCAGAAUGUAGGCACCCUAUAUAUAGAAAGGAGCAAACCAGGGAUAUUUGAGGGAGCAGGCUAGCAGGCAGGGGCCAUUGCUUACAUCAGAGGAGCCUACACAACACAAAACACGGUUGCUGUAUGUAGCUUAUAUUUUAUUUGUUUUUUAUCUUAUAUUUUGGAAAUGUACAUCCAGUUUUUCCCCCUUUAAUUUUUUUGGGGACCCCCCCAAAAAGUGGGGCCCUAAGCUAUAGCUUGUUUAGCAUAAAUCCGGCACUGGAUCUGCAGAAAUAGUUGGCCUAUUCCUUCGAAGAGCAGGUUCCAGCUGACCAGGCCCUGGUGCUGACGGAGAGAGAGGCGAUCCUGGCUGCUUUCCUAUCAAGAGUGUCUCUCUGACCCCUACAUCUCCCACCUCUGAAGGGUGAGGGGACUGGAUGGGACCCUCUGGCCCGAUCCGGCAGGCCCUUCUUAGGUUGUUCCGUUUGUUGGAGAGGAGUGGAGAUAAUAAUAAUAAUAAAUUUUUAUUUAUACCCCGCCCUUCCCGGUUCAGGAAACCGGGCUCAGGGUGGCUAACAACAAAUUUAAAACACUUAAUUGAUGCUACAACAAAAAACAGCAUAAAAUUCAGUAUAAAACAUGAAUAACGAUAAAUUUAGAACUCAAAAAUCAAUUUAGGGGGGAAAUCCAUCCAAUAAACAUUAGGUGAUCACCAGGGCUAGCUGGCUAAAUUAGUCCUAUUUGGGCCAGCGAGGAGGCCAGGGGAGAAUUAGCUGUGGGAUCCCAGAGCGGGUAAUCUUCAUAAAAAGGGGAGGAAGGGGAGUAAAAGAUCAGGCUAAGUUCAAAUGGAAAGCCAGGCGGAAUAGCUCUGUCUUACAGGCCCUGAUGGAAGGAGGUUAAAUCCUGCAGGGCCCUGGUCUCAUGGGACAGAGCAUUCCACCAGGUCGGAGCCACCACUGAAAAGGCCCUGGCCCUGGUGGAGGAUAGUCUGACUUCCUUAGGGCCCGGGACUUCUGAACUAUGGUAAUUCAUGAACCUUAAGGUCCUCUGCCUGGGGCCGAGGGUCUCCUCUGACCCAUCUCCUUCCCCCCUCCCCACCCCAGGCUUCCUGGAGCAAGGCAUCCUGAUCCAGGACCGCUCCAAGAUCUCGCGCCACUACACCUGCUCCUCCGCCUUCCUGCUGGACCUCCUCUCGGUGAUGCCCACUGACCUCCUAUACCUGCGCCUGGGCCUGGCCACCCCCGCCGUCCGGGCCAACCGCUUCCUGCGCAGCCCCCGCCUCUUCGAGGCCUUUGACCGCAUUGAGACGCGCACAGCGCACCCCAACUCCUUCCGCAUCUCCAAGCUGAUGCUCUACGUCUUCAUCACCAUCCACUGGAACGCCUGCGUCUACUUUGCCCUCUCAGGCUACGUGGGCUACGGGGCGGACAAGUGGGUCUACCCCAAUGUCAGCAUCCCCGGCUUUGAGCGCCUGCUGCGCCAGUACCUCUACAGCUUCUACUUCUCCACCCUCAUCCUCACCACGGUGGGCGACACGCCCAUGCCCCACCGCGAGGAGGAGUUCCUCUUCAUGGCGGCCGACUUCCUGCUGGCCGUCAUGGGCUUCGCCACCAUCAUGGGGAGCAUGACCUCGGUCAUCUCCAACAUGAACCAGGCGGACGACGCCUUCGUCCCCAACUCGGACCUGGUCAAGGGCUACCUGCGCACCCACUGCCCCAACCGCCGCCUCCAGAACCGCGUGGUGGAGUGGUACCAGCACCUGCAGAUGGAGAAGAAGAUGACCAACGAGCUGCAGAUCCUGCAGCACCUCCCCGAGCGCCUGCGGGCCGAGGUGGCCGUCAGCGUCCACCUGCCCACCCUCCGCAAGGUGCAGAUCUUCCAGAGCUGCGAGCAGAGCCUGCUGGAGGAGCUGGUCCUCAAGCUCAAGCCCCAGGUCUACAGCCCCGGCGAGUACGUCUGCAAGAAGGGCGACGUGGGCCGGGAGAUGUACUUCAUCCGGGAGGGGAAGCUGGCCGUGGUGGCUGACGACGGGGUCACCCAGUACGCCGUGCUGGGAGAGGGGCUCUACUUUGGGGAGAUCAGCAUCAUCAACAUCAAAGGUGAGCUUGGAGGGGGGGAGGGAGAAGUGGAGGUGGGGGUGUCGUGUGUGGAGGAAAAACUGAAACACAUUGCAGAGUUCCCCAAAAAUAGACCAGAGGCAAUUUCAUCCAACAGAGCUUUAACGCUUCUGAAGGCAAAUGAGCAUAAUGGUCACAAAUCCAAAAUCCACAUCAGAAGUGUGCAUACAUACGAAAGCUCAUACCAGUAACAAACUUAGUUCGUCUCUAAGGUGCUACUGGAAGGAGUUUUUUUAUUUUGUUCCGACUAUGGCAGACCAACACGGCUACCUAAAGGGUAAAGGUAAAGGGACCCCUGACCAUUAGGUCCAGUCGUGGCCAACUCUGGGGUUGCGGCGCUCAUCUCGCUUUAUUGGCCGACGGAGCCGGCGUACAGCUUCCGGGUCAUGUGGCCAGCAGGACUAAGCCGCUUCUGGAGAACUAGAGCAGCGCACGGAAACGCCAUUUACCUUCCCGCCGGAGCGGUACCUACUUUUCUACUUGCUCUUUGAGGUGCUUUCGAACUGCUAGGUUGGCAGGAGCAGGGACAGAGCAAUGGGAGCUCACCCCGUCGCGGGGAUUCGAACCGCCGACCUUCUGAUCAGCAAUCCCAAGAGGCUCAGUGGUUUAACCCACAGCGCCACCCGUAAACAAAUCCGAAACAUUCAGGAUUGGCCCUGUCCAUCAGGAAUCCAGUUGCAGCAGACUUAAACUAAACUUAACAAUAACUUAUAAUCAGUGCUUUUUUUCUAUGAAAAAAAUGUUUAGGGGUACUCACCUUUCCCUACUCAUAUUGAAAUACUGCCCCUCAAUGAGGCCAAACUUAGAUUCACAAAAUGUUUAGGAACAAAAUAAAAAAAAAUCCUUCCAGUAGCACCUUAGAGACUAACUAAGUUUGUUAUUGGUAUGAGGAUUUUUAAAAUUUUGUUUCAACUACGGCAAACCAACAUGGCUACCUGCCUGCAACUAAAAUGUUUAGGGGUAUGCGUACCCCUGCGUCACCCCAGGAAAAGAAGCACUGCUUAUAAUAAGACUAAACCUUAACGCUAAGCAUACAGAGCAGAACACCACAGCCAGAACAAAGGGACAGACAGAGAAAGUGAGAGAGCCAGGCUCCUCCUGGCCUGACUAUUACAGUCAGCAGGAUCUUGACUAAAAGGAUAACAGGAGCACUUUAACCCAGCUGCACUCAGGCUCCCGUUGUUUGGUCCCAGCUCCUGCCAACCUAGCAGUUCGAAAGCACGUCAAAGUGCAAGUAGAAAAGUAGGUACCGCUCCGGCGGGAGGGUAAACGGCGUUUCCGUGCGCUGCUCUAGUUCUCCAGAACUAGAGUUUCCUGCACAGCUGCCUCCCACUGGGACGGCAGAACAGGGCCAUUCUGGCUAGUGGCCUUUGAUAGCCCUCUUCCUCUUCCUCUUCCUCCUCCUCCUCCUCCUCCUCCUCUGUGCAUUGGCCUAAUCCUCUUUUCAAGCCAGGAGCCAGCCAGCAGUAAAUCACACUGUGCAAGUUGGAGUUAACUCCUUGUCAGCAAAAACAGGACCGACACAGGAGUGUCAGGCCCAGUGAGCACAGUGAUUAUUUUAUUUAUACCCCACUCAUCUGCCUUGGUCACUGAAAAGCCAAUAAACGCCAUAGACCAGGCACCCCCAAACUCAGCCCUCCAGAUGUUUUGGGACUACAACUCCCACCAUCCCUAGCUAACAGGGCCAGUGGUCAGGGAUGAUGGGAGUUGUAGUCCCAAAACAUCUGGAGGGCCGAGUUUGGGGAUGCUGCCACAGACAGAGGGGAUUCCCACAACCACUCUUUUAUUCAGCUGAGUGAAACAGAGGGGACAAGCCACACUCACCAGCGUGAUGGUGAAGCUGCGCCAAAUAGCCUUUGUUCAUGCUUUUUAUAGGCCUCCCCCCUCCCUUCCCUCCCCCUUCGAGGUUCCUUGCACUGAUGGAAACAGGACACCCUGCCUGGAGACCUUGACUGGGAGAGUUGCCUGGCAGAGGGAGGUUUUCCUGAAAUCGCCUAGCAACGUUAUCUGGUCUUCACAUGAGCGUGGCUCACCCUCCUAAAUUCUAAAGGAGGCAGUUUUUUACAGAAGCAAAAUCAGUUAGGCUAACCAAAAAAAAACAGGACAAGAACAGGCCUCUGUGGCUUUUCCUGAGACUCCCACAAUAGUAAUAAUAAUAAUUUUAUUAUUUAUUCCCUGGCCCAUAUGGCUGGGUUUCCCCAGCCACUCUGAGUGGUUCCCAACAGAAUGAUAAAAGAUCAAACAUUAAAAACUUCCCUAAAUAGGGCUGCCUUCAGAUGUCUUCUAAAAGUCAGAUAGUUGUUUAUUUCCUUGACACCUGGUGGGACGGCAUUCCACAGGGCGGGCACCACCACCGAGAAGGCCCUCUGCCUGGUUCCCUGUAACCUCACUUCUCGCAGCGGCCCUCAGCGCUGGACCUCAGUGUCCGGGCAGAACGAUGGGGGUGGAGACGCUCCUUCAGGUAUACUGGACCGAGGCUGUUUAGGGCUUUCAAGGUCAGCACCAACACUUUGAAUUGUGCUGGGAAACGUACUGGAAGCCAAUGCAGGUCUUUCAGGACCAGUGUUAUAUGGUCUCAGUAAGACUUUAUUUUACAGAAAGGUUCAGCCUCACUGGCAUCCUCUUCAUAUUGACCCACAGAGGAAGGUUUCCUUUUGGGAAGAAUGAAAUCCUUUUUUACAGAAAGGUUCAACCUCGCCAGCAUCCUCUUAAUACACUUUGAAUUGUGCUCGGAAACGUCCUGGGAGCCAGUGUUGGUCUUUCAAGACCAGUGUUAUAUGGUCUCAGCGGCCGCUCCCAGUCACCAGUCUAGCAACACAUAAGCAACUUGUCUCCGGUGGGUCUUGCCCCCGUGACGGAAGGCCCCACCCCCCCCGCCGCUGCCUCAGCCCCCUCCUCUCCGAGGUUUCUCCCGAGGAGUUCCAUCCGGCAUCUGUGUGUCCCCAACCUCUCCUCCGCCAUUUCCAUGUCUCUUCUGGAGACUGAGGGGGGAGGGGAGCUUGUCUCAGCAGGAGGGGGAGACCCCCCUGGCUUCUUCACCAGCCGGACUCCUCUCUGCCUCUUCGCCUCUUUCCUCCCACCCCCAGGGGCCUGAUCCUGCAUGCUCCGCUUAUGUUCUCAAGGCCCCCGCUGACCCCAUUGCCCCCCUUCUCCCCCCCCAGGGAACAAGUCCGGGAACCGCCGCACGGCCAACAUCAAGAGCAUAGGCUUCUCGGACCUCUUCUGCCUGUCGAAGGAGGACCUGACGGAGGUGCUGGCUGAGUUCCCCAGCGCCAAGGCCAUGCUGGAGGCCAAGGGCCGGGAGAUCCUGCUCAAGAUGGACAAGCUGGACGUCAACGCCGAGGCGGCCGAGAUCGCCCAGCUGCAGGAGGAGGAGCGCCGGACGGCCGCCCUGGAAGAGGGCCUAGACGCCCUGCAGACCAAGCUGGCCAGAAUCCUGGCAGGACUCGAAUCCAGCGCCUUUAAGGUGGCUCUGCGCCUGGAGCGCCUGGAGUGGCAGAUGCGGGAGUGGGGGGCCGAGGAGGAGGCGGAGAGGGAGGGGGCCGAGCCUUAG